CCGGUGAAAGCUCGUGAAGAGGACAAAGUAUCCCGAGAGCCGCGCUCCGUUCCAUUGUGCACUCUUUCCCGGUUCGCACUUGAACCAUCGGGUUUUCUUCAGUUGUUCAUCAUGCGGGUACGCAGUAUCUUCGUUAGAGAACUCAUCAACGAAUUUCUCGGAACAUUUACGCUCAUAGUAUUUGGAGAAUCUAUCAUGGCCAUAAUCAUCGCAGGGCGGCAGGAACACAACGCAGGAAUUAUCGCCCCCGUCGGGUGGGGCGCUGCUAUCUUCUGCGCGGUUACCGUAUCAGGUGGAGUCUCAGCACACUUAAAUCCGGCUGUAACGUUGGCCUUGGCGUCCGUGAAGAAAUUUCCCAUCAAGAAAGUUCCACUUUUCUUCGUGGCCCAAUACACAGGGGCUUUUCUCGGCGCCGCAGUUGUCUUUGCCAUCUACAGAGAUGCCAUCGCGGCAAUGGACAACGGAGUACGUGCAGUCACUGGCCCGACGGGUACUGCGCCCAUCUUCGCCACGUAUCCACGCGAAGGCAUCUCCACGCUCACUUGUUUCAUUGACCAGGUGGUUGCAACGGGUUUCUUGGUUCUCACUGCAGAAGCCAUCACGGACCCGCGUAACUUUGGAGGGUUACCCAAGCCCUUUUACCCGCUCACACUGGGAUUCAUGAUCACCGCCGAAAUCUUCGCUUUCUCGUACAACUGCAUGGCACCCCUGAAUCCCGCUCGAGAUCUCGGUCCCAGGGUAUUCACAGCGAUCGCCGGAUAUGGCACUGGUGUAUUCAGUGUGCGCAACUACGUGUGGAUGUUUGUGCCAAUAUUCGCGCCUCACGUGGGUGGUGUACUCGGUGCCUGGACAUACAAAGUGUGCGUCGAAGACAACUGGCCCGAAGAAGAGAAUACCGUCGUCCUUCCCGUUACGACAGGUAUAGACGGGGGAGAGAAGCUUAGUUUCAGAGCAGCGUCAAUUCGAGGCACUACACUCUAGCGUCAAUGAGCAGCAGGAGCACCUGUGGACAGCAUCGUAGCGCGGGAACAGAUGAUGUACGAGAAGCAACAGCAGCUGCAGCAGCCUACCAUGCAAGCAUCGCAACCGCUAGCCCGCUAGAGAUCUGCUUACAUCACGUUACAUUACAUUUAGUCACCACAUUGCAUGCUGUAAAUAAAUGAUCACGCGUG